GAGCAGGAGUGGCGACGGUGAUGAUUUCCUUCCUGUUUACCACGUACUACAUCAUCAUCAUCACCUGGUCUGUCUACUACAUGUUCAACACGUUCACCGACACUCUACCUUGGACCAGCUGUAACAACACUUGGAACUCCCCUCAUUGCUGGGAUCCACUUGUCCUUAAUGCCAGUGCCGGAGCUGGCAACCAGACCUUGAUAGGACAGCCAAAUGAUUCCCGGUCUCCCACGGAGGACUUUUUCAUUGAGAAUGUGCUGGAGAAGUCUUCUGGGAUUGAUGAACAGGGAGUCAUGCGCUGGCAGUUGCUGUUGAUCCUGCUGUUGUGUUGGGUUGUUGUCUACUUUUGCAUUUGGAAAGGUCCAAAAUCUACUGGAAAGGUGGUGUACUUCACUGCAACGUUCCCGUAUUUGGUGCUGGUUAUUCUGUUGGUCCGAGGAGUGACACUUCCAGGCUCUCUUGACGGCAUUUAUUUCUUCAUCAAGCCACAGUGGUCUCUACUUCUGGAAGCAAAGGUCUGGGUAUAUGCAGCAGCUCAGAACUUCAACUCUUUAGGUGUAGCUUUUGGAGGCCUCAUCACCAUGUCUAGUUACAGCAAGUUCAACAACAACAUUGUCAGAGAUGUUCUGACACUGGCAUUUGUCGAUGCCGUAACCUGUCUACUGGCUGGCUUCACUAUCUUCUCCAUUCUGGGCAACCUGGCACUGAACCAAGGAAAGCUGGUUGAGGAUGUUGUUGAGGAAGGUCCUGGUUUAGUUUUUGUUAUAUACCCUCAAGCCUUCAACACCAUGCCGGUCUCACAACUGUUUGCAUUUCUGUUCUUCUUCAUGUUGGUGUGCCUUGGCAUUGAUAGCCAGUUUGCUUCUGUUGAGGUGAUUGUUACAACGAUUCAGGACCACUUUUACGGGCAAGUUAAACGUUACCUCAAGAGAAAGGAGGUGCUUGUUGGGCUUGUGUGUUUUGUAUCGUUUCUCUGUGGACUUCCAAAUAUUACUCAGGGAGGCUUUUAUUUCUUCCAACUGAUCGAUUACUAUGCAGCAGCUCUUUCCCUCAUGGUGCUAGCAUUUUUUGAAGUUGUGGGCAUCUGUUGGUUUUAUGGUGCAAGAAAUCUGGCUGACAACAUACGUCAGAUGACAGGCACAAAGCCAAACAUUUUCUUUGUUGCCUGUUGGUAUGUUCUGUCACCACUUCUAAUUUUGAGCAUAUGGGUAUUCAGCAUGAUACAGUACAGGCCGCUGUCUAUCGCUGGCUACCAGUAUCCUGACUGGGCUGUGGGACUGGGCUGGGUCAUUGCUCUCAUGUCUGUUGUGUGCAUACCUGCCGGCAUGGUUCACGCUGUACUCACUACCAAGGGCAACAGUCUGUUCAGGAAAUUUGUCAACAGUUUUUCAGCACAACUCGAACCUGAAACAUCAAGUCCCAUUACUCAAGACUCGGAUGUAUUUUUGACCAAAUUCAACACACACCAUUAUGUUGACCAGCCAGACUGCCAGCCCCCAGAGAAGCAUUGCAUCGAGGUGUAA